UAAUUGAUUGCAACGGAAAUCAUAUCUAUUUUCUUUGGAAGUUGAGGUUGAGCGUUAAAGUGCGAAAAACAAAGCCUCAUCUACUUCCUUCCCUUUCUACUGUUCAUUGGAAUCGUUGUAAUUAAAGGAGAAAAAUAUCUAACACCAUGUUUUCUCCCUCCACACCCUUUCCUUCUAGAAUUCUUCAUUCUCCUUCAGUUGUGAUGCUUCAUGAGCAAGCUGCUCCUGCAGUUUCUUCUUUACCUUCUAGUUUUGCUGCUCAGUCUUUUCCUACCUCAGUUCUUUUGCAAGAGAAUCGGGAUGAGUAUAGACCUCUACUUCAUAUGCAUAAAGAAGACAAGACAUCCCAGGUUCAGGCAGCCUUAAAUACAAGGGUAAUGGAUGCGAUGUCCGUUCUUGAGAGAAACAAUAAUGACGAUGUUGAUGAGUCGGCGCAUAACUCUAUGCGGCAGUUGCAUCUUCGGUGUCAUUUACAGAACUUAUUGGCUUCUUCGCCGGAAGAGGAUUUAGUUUCCUCUUCUUCAACUAUGCAGCCCGUUGAUGAUUUCCAAUGGAGUGCACUUUCUCUUGCCAAGCAAGCCCUAUCAGCCUCAAAACAAGCCGCUGCAGUGGCUGAAGAAUUGAAAUUGAUUAAAGUUGACGAUAAUAAUGAUUCAUCACCUCUCAGUUUGGCCGACUCUUCAAUUGGAAUGAAUAAAAUCGUUAGAUCAACACGGCUUAAAGAAAGGCGAUCUAAACAGAUAAAAGUGUCAAACUCAAAGGUUCUUGAUGAAGAAAGGUACCUUACAAAAAAGUCCGAUGUAAAGAGAAGGUUACAUGUAGAGAAAAAGUUAAAAGAAGGGCUUGAUGGAAAUGAUGCCCUGCGCUUGUUCUUACGGAGUCCUGAAACAAAGCAACUUUUGAACCUUGAAGAAGAGUCUCAAUUGAUUGCUCAGAUACAGGGUUUAUUUAAAUUGAAAGAAACAAAGAUCAAGCUUCAGUCUCAGUUUGGGAGAGAACCAACGAUGCACGAAUGGGCAGAUUGUGUGGGCCUAAGCGGCCGUGUCCUUCAGGCACGGCUUCAUUCUGGUAACAAAAGCAAAGAUAAGCUGAUUCUUGCCAAUUUACGCCUUGUAGUUCACAUUGCUAAAUAUUAUCAGGGGCGUGGUCUCAGCCUUCAGGACUUAUUGCAGGAGGGAAGUAUGGGCCUUAUGAGAAGUGUCAAAAAGUUCAAACCUCAAGCUGGUUCCCGGUUCAGUACUUAUGCUUACUGGUGGAUAAGGCAUUCAAUAAGGAGGGCUAUAUAUAUGCAUUCCAAAACAAUUCGUCUUCCGGAGACUUUCUACGCUCUUUUGGGUAAAGUUGCAGAAGCAAAGAAAUCGUACAUUAUAGAAGGAAACCUUAACCCUACCAAAGAAGAAAUAGCAAGGCGAGUAGAAAUUACAGUAGAUAAGUUGGAAAUGUUGCUAUUUUCUUCAAGAACUCCGCUUUCGAUGGAACAAGUUAUUUGGUCAGACCAGAACACAACUUUCCAGGAAAGGAAAGGGGUCAUUUUGGUAUUAGAGGAGGUGCAGUCACUAGAAAUUCUACGACAUCUUUCUGUAAUUAAAAGGACUUCCCCAAUUUCCUUCUUCUGUAUCAGUUGGUUUCCAUCAACAGAUGCCAGAGCAAUUCUGAAGAUCGGGUAUGCUGAAAAUUUUGGCAUGAAGAUGGCUGCAAGUUUGAUUCCAAGAUUUGAUGGAAGGGAUGCCAAUUGGUGGCUGAUCUAGGCAAAACAAUACUUUGGGUCAAGAAAGAUGAACGAAGGGAUGAAAUUUUGUUGGGUUAUAACUUAUAAGUAGAACAAUCUAAAUACUUGUUGGUUGGAUUUUGCAAAGGCCGCUUUCAAGAAACUCCAACCAGAAAUUUGGGAUUGUCUUAUGGACUUAGAGAAUGAAGAACAAAAUAACCAUGGCGUGUAUCAAAUUCGAAACCAGAUGCAAGAACCACUAGCAUCUUAAAAUAACUUGUGAUGAAGUUGAGGGCACACGGAUCCAAAAGAACAUUGGAAAAGUAGACCGUACAGUGGAAAUCAAUUUUGAUCGUGAGGGUGACAAAGUGAAAAUACAAAUGACUUAAGGGUUCAGAGAAGUCUUGGAGAGUUGGCCAUUCCAUCACAAGCAGAAGACUUGCUACCGCCAACAAAACCUUUCGAGGCUGGCUUGGCAAUUAACUCAAAGGAAAGGCCGGUGAUGACGAUAGAAAUUGAAUAGAAAGAUCUCUUGAGAGGAUGAGAGAGCAUGAUACAAAUGUUGUGCAGAUGCCAUUCCGUGCUUGUUCGGCAAUCUCUGCUGUCACCAGUGAUAUCACUUAAGAAAUUCUACAACAUUGAAAAUUAGAAAGUUGGGGUUCAGAGAUGGACCAAAUGAGCGGUCACUGUCCACCGCCUGAAUGGUUAGACCAACAACCACCAUUUUCGAAACCAUCAGACGUCGGGUCUCACAUGGUGUUUUCUGCUAUUCCUAAAGAUAAAGUCUAGGAACGAGAAAAUUCAACUGCCGGUGCCGCCGUCGGCCCAACAACCUGUCACGAGAGGAGUGACAACAUCGAGCACAUUUGAUUCGGGAGGAAAUUUUCCUAUUUCAUGUACAACUCAACUCAAUCUUUCUACUUCAAAUUAUGGGAUACGGAAUAAUACAUUUUUCUAAAGUGUAUUUCUUUCACCUUGAGAACAAGGUGUGGAUCUUUAGGGCGGAGUAUUGUUAGACCCUCUCAUUAAGGAAAACUGACUGUUUAGUUUUGUAGCAGUUAUUAUAUUAUUAGGAGCAGUUAAAUGACAAUUAUUAUAUUAUUGGGAGCAGCUCUGUUUUGUUAAUUAGGUGUGUUUAUGUUAAGAAUAAAUAGGGGAAGAUUAGAAGAAGUUUAUUAUCUUGGAAUUUGAUUGGAAAGAGGCCAUUUUAACAUUAGGGGAGGCGCAUGCCCUCGAAGUUCUCUGGUACUUUUGUUGUUGUCACCUAACAAAUCACUCUGCCCCUUUCAUCUCUCAGUCCUAGUUACACCCCUGGCCGAUAUAGUAGAAAAUAUAGUUAAGUCUCGACUCAAGUGGUUUGGGCAUGUGUGAACAAGACAUGAAGACUCCGUACUUAAGAGAGUAGAUGAAAUAGAGGAUAGCCCAAUUGCUAGCGACUGAAGAAGACCAAUAACAACUAUAGGAGAAACUAUCAAGAAAGACUUAGGUCAAUGGUUUGGUUGGAUAAUGUUGAGUUAUUGUUUUAUAGAUACACUAUUAUCAGGGCUGUUCAUAGUUUGGUUUUUCAAAACACCCAUCCAAAUUUAAUGUUUACCACAUAAUUAAAACGAAACCACAUAUUUUUCCCAAAACUGAUUUUAAUCAUAAUGAAUCAGAUAUAAAUGGUGUAAAGCUGGUUCUAACUUUGAACGGUUUCAACUAAUACUCACAUCAGAAUACAUGUCUUAAGCAAUUUUUUCGAUCAACCUCGUAAAAUUUUGUUUAGAAAAUUUGAUAGAAAAGAAAAGAAUAAUUGUAUUCAUAGGAGACGUAGAAAAAGUCCCAGUUUCAAUAGAUAUUUACUUCUCAAUCAAACAACGCCAAAAUAAGUUCAAAAUACAAUAUUGCUACCUGAAAUUUUUUCUCAAUCAAUCUCAAAAAAUCCCAAGAAAAUAUGACGGAAGAAAAGAAAAAAAACCGGAUUCUUAAAAAGAACAGUUUAGAGCCUGAUUGAAAAUAGAAGAUAGAAAAGAAAGCAAACGAGGGAAAAAAACAGAAUAAAAAGAGAAAAAGUCCUCUUGUAGAAGAAUCUAUUCAAAGCCACGUAGAAAUAAAAAAAUGAGCAGAAUUAUAACAUGGUGAAAAUAGAAACUAAGAGAAAUAAGAUAAAGGUUGAAGGAAGUAGAAAAAAGAGGAAAAGGCGGAAGACGGCCACCACACCCAGCUCUUAGCACAGCUGCUGGUGCGAUUCCCUCAAGAACUCCUGCCCCUGCUAUUUGGAUAGUUGGUUUUGCAGCUUUUCCUUUCCCGCUUUCAUCUUCUACCUCUUGAAAUUGGGAUUAUCAAUUUCUCAGACUCAAAUCAAAUCAAAAUCUCUUCUUCUGCAUCUUCAUGAUCGUCAGCGGAGCUGAUGUUGAUGCCAAGGUUGUCAAGAUCGAGAUCUUGCAUAAGAUAAGGAGAGAAUAACAAGAUCGUAAAAUAUAAAAUCGUAUUCUAUAGACAUAUUUAGAGUAUUUUUACAUGAUAUAUUUUGGUAGGCAAGUGUAUCCGCGAGAAAAUGACUCUUUCGUAUUCUAUAGACAUAUUUAUUGAGUUUUUAUACUUUAUUACUACCACAUGGAGCAUUUGUUAGACAUUAGGGACAUAUUUGGUCAAUUACUAGGAUUAUCAUAAGUCAAUUAGUUAAAAAACAAACUCUACAAGUGAGAUGUUUAAUCUCUAAAUCCUAAUUCUAAAACUUCAUUUCAAAAGCAGGCAUUUGUCUCCGCCGAACCGUAAUUGUUGCGCCUCUGCAUCUUGUCAUCCUUCUCACCUUUUAAUGAUAGUGACGGGAAAACAGCCAAUCAUUGCCGAAAUUGGCAAAGAUUGCACAAAAUCAAUGUUUUUACGAUUUUUUUUCUUCAUAAUUUUGCUACAAUAUAAGAUUCUACAUAAGAUCGGGAUCGUUGGGGGUUGGGGGACAGUGAGAUCGUAAAUCUUAGACUCGGCAUGUUUAGGCUCUUCUUGGUCUUCAACAAAGCUGAUGCACAAAUGUUCUCGUUUUUUCUUUCUUUCUUUCUUUCAAGUCUUUUCUUGAGAACAUGUUUAGACUCAAACGUAUUCACUUGAGUUAUCCGAUUCAAUAUUACAAUACUGGUAAGUGGUAGCCAAACCAAUAUCUACAACCUAAAUGGAUCGGUCCAAGUUUUUUAAACAAAUGAAUCACAUAUUUUAAAAAGGUAUGAUGUGUUUUUGGUUUUAGUUCAAUAAAACUAGUUUUUAUGAACAGGCAUAACUGGUUUUAGUUCAAUAAAACUAGUUUUUAUGAACAGGCAUAACUAUUAUACUUCUAAGAUUCUCUUGUACCGAUGAAGUUGCAUUUCAUAUUGUCCCCAGCUUCCUAAGGGUGGAGAUGAUGUUCCCGAAUUCAUGUUAUUCAGAUUAUUGAAACUUUAAUCUCUUACUCUUUUUUCUACUUUGAUAUCUCUAUUGUUAACACUAGUUUCCAUACACUGCACUGCAGCACUGGCUUUAAGUUUUUGUCAUGCUGUCUUGAUGUAAAUUUCCAUUAAGCUGGUCUGCAAUUGUUGUAUGAUCAACGUAAACCCUCGUUUUUUUUCCAGCAACAUGAUAUAAGAACUGUGCCAAAUUGACCAAAGUUUUAUCAUAA